GACAUCCAUUUUUCAUCGAUCAAUGUACUACAUAGUAUAUAAAAAUAGCACCAAACUCCCACUUGUAGUCUCCAGCCCACACAAAGCAGCAUUUUUCAAGUCCCAGGUGACUUAUAUGCAGUAACAAUGACUCUGUCGCUACCGCCAGAAGUCUUACUCAUCAUAUUCACCAAUUGCGCCAUAUCUAGCCAAGAUCUAAAGUCGCUGAGGCUCGUCCAGAAGUCAUGGGAAGGCAUAGCUACAAGGGAGCUAUUUCGUCAAGUGUACCUCUCUGCGCUUAUCAGAGACCGCGAUACAUUUUUCAAUAUUGCAAGACACCCACGUCUAUCCACCAUUCCUCGCAUGCUCGUGUGGUACGAACUAGAGAGAGGCACAUCAUAGCAUGAUAUGGACGAUCUUCUGUAUGAUAUGGACCAAGAUUAUCCACCAGAGUUCUUCAUGGAUAUCGCCCGACAGAUACUCUUCGAUACCUUCUGGUUCUCUCCAAAGUCGACGCGAGACCCAGACGGGGACCUAGACGAGGAAAUCUUCCGACAAAAAGCAUCAACCCUUGACGAUUUCUUCCCUCAGUUUUGGACUGCCCUGGACGCCAUGCCCCAGUUACGUACCUUUAUCAGUCAAGCAAUGCCUCCAUGCCGCCUACUCACCACUUCUUCCACAGCCUACCCAGCAACAGCACAACUUUUGCAUGGCAUGCCUCAUGCCAUCGAUUCCGAUAUACCUAUACCCAUGCUCGAACAUACGCUCUUGGGCACUGCUGUGAGCACUGCUGUAAGAACUGCUAUAACGAAGAGUCGCCAUACUUAUCCCUUGAAGCGUGGUCCAUUCAGUCGCUUUUACUUUUCCGACUCGGGCAGUAGAUAUGGUACCCUACCUAGUAUUCAAUUUAAACAUAUUCACUCCCUUUUCACUACCUUGACACAUCUAGAUAUGUACAUCAGUCGUCCAGUAGAAUAUAAAUAUGUGGAGGCCCUGCGGGACUACAUUAUGACGGAGAAAGGGCUCACUCACCUCC